CAAUGGCGCUUUACCUUCCAACUUUCACCAUUGCAGCUGCUUCAAUCUUGAAUCAUUCAAUCCAACACAAACCCAAAACCUCUCUUCAGCUUCACUUCUCAAAACCCAUCUCAAGAAAUCACUUGUCAGUUCCUCACAGCUCAACACAGACUCAGAAAUACGUCUAUCCUGACCCAAUCCCUGAAUUUGCUGUUGCUGAGACUAAGAAGUUCAGGGUGGAGCUCUUGAAGAAACUGUCCAAGGAAAAGGAGAUUCUUGGAGAUGAACUUGAUGAUGUUGUUAGUGUUUGUGCUGAGAUUUUUAAUGAAUUCUUGCACAAAGAAUAUGGAGGACCUGGGACACUACUUGUGGAGCCUUUUACUGAUAUGAUGGUAGCUCUCAAAGAGAGGAAACUUUCAGGAGCGGCAUCGGCUGCACGAGCAUCACUAUUAUGGGCUCAAAAUUAUGUUGAUCAAGAUUGGGAGACUUGGAACUCAAAACACCUAAGCUAACGAA